AUGGACCAGAAGAAAAAGUGUAAGAUUCUCAUCAGUAGAAUGACACCCAACUCCGAGCCUCAGGCUACAAUUGAAUCUGGGGACUAUAACAUCCACUACUUGAUCGCAAGCCUGAUCAUAUACAUUUGCAUUAGUGAAAAGUCAUACCCCAGGAAGCUUGCAUUCUCAUACUUGCAAGAAAUAUCGCAUGAGUUCCAGAAUUCGCAUGGAACAGAUGCUUUAUCGAACUCAGCCAGACCUUUUGGAUUCUCUUCGUUUGAUAAUUUCUUGAGCAAAACUAAAAAAAUCUACCAAGAUCAGAGAGCACAAUCAAAUUUGGACAGAUUGAACAACGACUUGGCAGAUGUCAAGAAAGUCAUGACAAAGAACAUCGAAGACUUGUUAUAUAGAGGCGACUCGUUGGACAAGAUGAGUGACUUGUCGUCGAGCUUGAAGAGUGAUUCGUUGAAGUACAGAAGAAGAGCACAAAGAAUCAACUUAGAGGCCAUGAUCAGACAGUACAUCCCCAUUGUUGGAGCUGGGUUGAUCUUUGUGUUUUUGAUAUGGUACAUGUUCCUCCGUCGUUAA